CCCUAGAGCUUAUAUGUAUUCAACUUUACGGAACCCCAGGAAGAUAUUGCUCUUUUCAGCCAUUGAGCACAUCCACUUGCUAUAUUUCUUGGUUUUCGCAUUCCCAACCCGAAUCAUUGUCCCUUUUGAUUUCCCUACCAUUUUCACCUCCUUAUAUUCCCCUCCCAUUCUCACAUUCUAUCCACAACACACUUCUCUCUUCCUAUCUUUUCUCUUUCAAUAGCUCUGAGUUGCAAGAUAAGAUGGGUGAGGUAGCUUUCUCAAAUGGAAUUAGCAAUGGCAGUGUUAAUAAUGGAGUCAAUGGCCAAAGCCAUUCCCUGAAUGGUUAUAGGAAGAGUUGCUGGUAUGAAGAAGAGAUUGAAGAGGACUUAAGAUGGUGCUUUGCUCUCAAUAGUAUAUUGCACACAGGAGCUAGCCAGUACCAGGACAUUGCAUUGUUGGAUACAAAGCCCUUUGGAAAGGCUUUGGUAAUUGAUGGAAAGCUUCAGAGUGCAGAGACAGAUGAAUUUAUCUACCAUGAAUGUCUUGUUCAUCCAGCUCUGCUUCACCAUCCUAACCCAAAGAAUGUUUUUAUUAUGGGAGGAGGAGAAGGGUCUACUGCAAGGGAAUUACUCAGGCAUAAGACCAUAGACAAAGUUCUAAUGUGUGACAUAGAUGAGGAGGUGGUGAACUUCUGCAAAUCAUACUUAGUUGUGAACAAGGAAGCAUUCUGUGAUCUGAGACUUGAAGUCAUCAUCAAUGAUGCCAGGAGUGAGCUAGAAGCCAGAGAGGAAAACUAUGAUGUGAUAGUUGGUGACUUAGCAGACCCAAUUGAUGGUGGCCCUUGCUAUAAACUGUACACCAAGUCCUUCUAUGAGUUCACUGUUAAGCCUAAACUGAAGCAGGGUGGCAUCUUUGUCACACAGGCUGGGCCAGCUGGAAUAUUUAGCCACAAAGAAGUAUUCUCUUGUAUCUACAACACCUUGAGACAAGUUUUCAAGUAUGUUGUGCCUUAUUCAGCUCAUAUCCCAUCCUAUGCUGAUAUCUGGGGAUGGGUCAUGGCUUCAGAUUCUCCAAUAGACCUUAGUGCAGAAGAGCUAGACCUCAGAAUGAAGCAGAGAAUUCUGGGGGAAAAUAGAUAUCUAGAUGGAAAAACAUUCUCAUCAUCCUCAACUUUGAGCAAAACUGUUCGCAAUUCGCUAGACAAUGAAACUCAUGUGUACACUGAGGAAGCUGCCAGGUUCAUACACGGGCAUGGCAAGCAUGCAUGAUAAAGCUUGAGAAGUGAAACAGAGAAGUAAUGCUAGAAGACACAAAGCAAGUGAAAAGGCUUUCAAGUUUUUCUUUCAUCUUAUCUUAUGUAUUUCCCUUGUUCUUUUCUUUUUUUCUUUUGGUGUGUAGUUCACCUGAAAAAGGCUUACAUGUUAUAUGAAUGGGCAACAAGCGGGUCCUAUUUUGUGCUACUUUAUGAAUAUGCUUACAGUAUCUAUGUAAAACUAAGUCAACAACUUAAUGAAUGGAAAAGGAUCACUUUUCAUGAA